AUGGGCAAUGCAACGGGCGCCUUCGAAGAUUCAGCCUGUUGCUCGGGUGUGGUUCACUGGCUACGACUACCUUUCACGCAAGGUGACCUUUUGGUCACUGGUUUUCCGCGUCGUAGCAAUGGCAGCGCCAAUGGUGCGUAUGCCAUACGGGGAGAACACCACGGCCGGCCUGUCUUCCAACGCAUCGGCAGCAAAGGACCCUUCAUCUACUUCUGGGAUGAUCGAGAUGGUGAGAGCUGGUGUGGCUGGUGGCUGGGUCCCAUCCUGGGAGGCGCUGAAGUUUGGGGUUAUCAUCCCAAGGAGGAUAUGAUGCCACCUGAGUAUGGCUGGCGAUCUCCUUGGCAUGGCGAAGACAGCAAGGUCAUUCGAAUGUCUGUGUCUGGACGUGUCUCGCUGCUGGAGGUACGUCCCAAGAAGAAGGAGGUGGUCCCAAAGUGGAUCGCAGAACCUGGUUUUGGCGAGGCCUUGACAGAAGAUGCCCAGCUUCUGCAGAGUUGUUGCAUUUGCCUAGAGCCUCUCUGGAACGCAGAACCCAGCGUUUUCCUGACGAAUUUGCAACGUCUUUGUCCUCACUACUUUUGCAGCCAAUGUGCCAAGAGGAUUGUGGUGGAACAAACCAGCCUCGGCCUGCAGCCCUUUAAGGAGGACAUGCAAAUCGCAUUUCUCGACGGACUGGCCUCCGUGCUGGAUGCCAAGGGCGGAAGACUGGGUGAUCUAGUGUGGACUGAAACUGCUCGACGUUUGACGGACGGAGAGCUCUACCUGGUGUUUUCGCAGUUGGAACUAUUGGUCGAGUUGGAGGUGGGGAUGGAAUUCAGGCGAUGUCAAGACCAAGCCUUGGUCUUGCAGAAAGGUGUUCUCUUCGGUUGCUUGCUGCUGCUCCAGGGCCGUUCCUUGCGACGGGUCCAUCCUGAGGAGCUUUCAAUUGAAGGCUUGGACCAUGCGGUGGUUCAACCUGGCACUCUGAUCCCGCUGCGUCGAAGGUUCGUGGUCUACAAGGGUGGCGAAAUCCAGUUCUGGCGAUGCCAGCGCUGUUCCUUCGAGAAUUCUUCCAGCGAUUUCGGGUGCAAGCUUUGUGGGUCUCCGCCCAGUUGCCCUCAGGACUUACCCCAAGAAGGUCGACGCUUGGGUCUUGCCGGUGUGGCGGCGUUGAGGUCCCGUUUCGCCAUGCGACCGCAAUUGCACUGGGCCGUGCAGUUGAAGUGCCCGUUGUGCCGCAUCGCUGCGGUCGCCUUGGUGGUUCCUGUGCCGCUGCUGGACCAGGCUCCGAAAGAGUGGUUUGACUUGGUGUCCCAACAGAAGUCAACCAUUUCUCAGUCCGACUUGGCGCAAGGUCUUUCGGUGAUCCUCCCCCUGUCUGUCGACCGUUUGGGUGUCGAAGUCCAACGUCGCUUCGGGCACUUGGUCUGGCCCUUGACCUUCGAUGACUUCCUGGGGGAGGGUGGCCCCGCGCAGUGGGCCUGCCGUCAGCUACACGCACUGCGGAGCGGACGCCAUGCACAAGUGGCAGAGGAGGUGUGA